AUGCCUUGGUCAGGCGUCUCGUGCUGGUGCCAGGGGGUGGCUGGUUGUCUCACACUUCUGCAGUGUUGGAUCUACGAGUACUUUCCGGGUUUCAGGCCAUCUCACUUUGAGCCACCUGUCGUUGGACCUGAUGAGGCUUGGGCUUCACGAUGGAUUGGGCAGCCGGCGACUGGUUCUGUGGCUGAUCCCAGUGUGAGGUUGGCGUUCUACCGUCGAGCUCUUGACAGCUUGACCCCUUCUGAUGUGUGUUGGACACCUUUCCAUCAGAGGCCUCAUCAGGCAGUGCGUCGCUCUUUGUACACUGGAGUGAUUCGGUUCGCUGAUAUAGGCGAGUUCUAUGAUCCAGCCCGUUGCCUCCGACAGUUUGGAUACCGACAGAUGGUACCGCCUCCCCCUUCGCGUCCUCAGCGAGCAGACCGACCAGAGGCACCUGGUGGAUAUGUCAUUCGGAUUCCUGAGAGUUUUGAUGCUGCAUGGGAUGCUCUGCUAUCCCACAUGGUUCAUAUAGACAUGUACUCUCAGCCCUGGAGGAGGUAUCCAUAUGAGACUACGGUCGACUAUCUUGACUGGUUCGUGGCGCACUCUCAUUGUAGAGUCCUACAGGAUGAUGGAGAUGCAGAUCGACUAGUUGACUCCGCAGCGGUAAGAUUUGACCACUAG